CUCUGUAACUCGUGUGUAGGGUGAUAGCGAUUUGUGCAUGUUCGGCCCGCUGAUAUCUAACAUUAGGGAACCUCGAGGAUUGCCGAUUGUGCAUGUGGCCUUACUGCUAAGCCUGUAGUCCUCCUUCACCAUGCCACUCGACAGAAUCAUCACGGAUCCAAUCAUCUCGACAGAGAACAUAGCGUUCUCCCCGUCGCGUUCACGAACACCAGUUGACCACAACCCAACCCUGGUACUGGAAGGCGCCGCAGUCCCAACGGAACGCGACCCAUUGAUUGCGACUGCGCCGAAACUCAAGAAGCCAUUCUAUCGUGCCCGCCCAUUAUGGCUGGUACCAUUUGCACUAAUUGCAUCUCUUACUCGCGGCAUGACGCUGGCGUCCCGCGUGGAAGUCUUCACAGAAUUAUCAUGCCACAGUAUACACGAGCACUAUAAUCAUACCCGCGUGGUCCCGAGCCUCACUCCUUUCAACUCGAGCCAUUAUGCGGUCGAUCCCGUAGAACCCCAUUUAAUCUCCGUGCAUUUUCCGUCACCACACAUCUCUUCAGACGAAUACCAGGAAGGCGACGAUGACGACGAUGACCCCCGCGUGAUACCAAAUAAAAAGUGUAUUUCGGAUCCCGCCGUUCAAGCAGGUGCUGCACGCCUGCAGACCAUAAUGACCACGACGAUGGGUGCCCUUUCUGCUCUUACAACGGGUUGGUGGGGCCAGUUCGGGGAACGGCACGGCCGCAUACGCGUCCUCGCUAUCGCCACCUUCGGACUCUUCCUUACUGACCUCACGUUUAUUCUUGUAUCAACACCUCACAGCCCCUUGGCCGCUCACUCGCAUAAGCUGCUCAUUCUUGCACCUAUCAUUGAGGGCUCUCUGGGAGGAUGGUCGACCUUGACCGGUGCUAAUACGGCCUACAUUGUUGAUUGCACGUCUCCUGGUUCGCGUGCAACUAUUUUCGCCCGUUUCACUGGCGUCCUCUGUAUUGGACUUGCUCUUGGGCCCAUGCUCGGUGCAUGGCUGAUCAGGCACCCGAUCCCUUUCUUGAAUGCUGGAAACGCCGAACACCCACUACAAAGCGUCACAUCAGUUUUCUGGGUAGCGAUUGCUUGCUCUUUCGUGAAUUUGAUUUUGGUACUCUUUGUGUUUCCCGAAUCGCUUCCCGCUUCUCGUCGAGCGUCAAAUAGGAAAGGCAAGGGUCGAGCUGUUGAGAGUAGUCCAAACUUCCCUAUCAGCAAGGCCGAUGAAUCAUCCCAGGGAUGGGUGGCAACUCGCAUCAUCCGAAGGUUCCUAUCGCCCCUCGCUGUCUUCCUCCCGUCCCACGUUCCUGUGGCUGCUAGCGCCACUGGAGACUCACUCGUGCCCUCUCGCACACGGAAAGACUGGGGUCUGACAUUCAUUGGCCUGUCGCUCUUCUCGCACAUGCUGGCGUCAGGAAUCUUCCAGAUCAAGUACCUCUACGCGGAACAUAUCUACGACUGGGCAGCUGAACAGCUAAGCUACUAUAUCUCCUUCAUGGGGGCUUGCCGUGCUUGGCACUUAUUGGUCUUGCUGCCAUUCCUUCUCUUAAAGUUCAAGCCCGUCCGCGCCGCAGUUCCCGCCACGGAUGCACCUGCAAAUCCCGCGGCGCCUACGUCAAAGCCCAAGCCGACAAAGUCUCAUCUAUUCAGCGAAAUGCAGUUCGAUCUCCGCGUUGUGCGGUACUCUAUGCUCAUCGACUUCCUUUCGCACGCGCUAGUCGUCAUUGCGCCCCUGCCCUCACGCGGUGCGAAUGAUGCUUGGUGGUCCCAGUUCAUGUUCGUGGGUGCAACGUCGCUCUCGUGCGUUGGCGCGGGGGUGAUGCCAGGCAUGCAAAGCCUCGCAUUGUGCACCCUCCAGGGACGUGCGCUUGCUACCAAGGAAGCUGCUAUCCGUACAGGCGAGGCUCAGGAGCACGAUAACGACGCUGGAUUGGAGCCUGGAAAACUUUUCGGCGCUCUCGCUGUCCUGCAAGCCAUCGGCCAAACUAUCCUCGGGCCCAUGCUCUUUGGUGUCAUCUACAGCAGCACCGUAGGCUCCUUCCCCAAGGCUAUUUUCGCAACGGCCAGUGGCCUGGUACUGCUCUCAAUCGCGUUCACCAUUCUCGUCAGGCCAGAUGUCAGUCUCUCCAUAAGGAAACCCAAGGUUGCAGCCAAAGGAAAAACUGCCACUCGUCCUUAUGGUGCGAAGCCAAAACGCAGAUAUCAGGAGCAGAUCCGUGGUCGGUCGCGGGUGAGCAAAGAUCUUAGGGGUGGCGCUGCGCGAGCAGACUAUGAUGUAAGGUUUGAUGCUAGUGAUGAGGCUAGCGGUUCGGGCUCGUCAGUUUGAGUGCUUGGUGUGGAGUCGUGGUGGUAUUAUUGUGCAAGGAUGGGUUAAUACAUAUAAUAACAUUUAGGUCGCUUGCUGCAGCGGUGAGAUAGAAGGCGGGAUAUAUAGUAUAGUCGCAUGUAGUACUAGUUUAUCUAAAGAGAUGUUUAUGGAGCCUCUGGCCUAGUACUUAUCGUG